AUGAUGUGCAAAGCACUGAUCUUCGGCUGCAUCGCAGCACUAAUGCUUGUGACUGCAGCUUACGGAGCAACUCUAUCAAGAGAAGAGGAGAUAUCUAUCAAGGAGCAACUUCUUAACACUUUAAUAGUAGAUUUAAACCUCCUGGAACAAAGCAAGGAUAAGAUUCAUCUUGACCUUUACACACCAAAUGAGAAACAGGAGUGCAGCUGGCAAACUCUACAAUGUUACCUGUCAGAAAUAGGCACCGUGGAGAAUGAAAUUGAAGAUGAGGAUGCUGAUACUCUUCAAAAUAUCCAAAAGAAUCUCCAGAGUCUUAUGAACCUAAUUCCCCGAGGAACUGGAUGCAAGAUCUGUGAAGCUAAUGACAAGAAAAAGUUUCCUGCAUUUCACCAAGAACUCACCAACUUUCUGAGAUCUAUGCUAAAAUAAUCAGAUAACCAUUUUUAUUUUUACUGCUACAUUAUUUAUUUAAAUAUUUAAUUAUGACUAAUUUAUAUAUUUUGCCCUGUGGCUUACUAGCUUGCUGUCCAUUUUGGGACCACUGUAUGUUCUUAGUCUGAGUGAUAAGACAGUCUGUUCUAAGAUCACAUUUGAUCCUUUCUGUAAGCCCUACGGGCUCAAAAUGAACUUUGGAAAACUAAUUGGUUCUCACUUUGUCAAUAAACUUAGAGACACAACUAUUUAUUGAAAAAACUAUUAAGUUACUUGUAGAUGAUAUUUAAUAAAUUUCAGUAACAUA